AUGUAAGACAAUUAAAAGCUUUAUUCAAUCAUAUUUCCUGAUUCUAAUCUAUAAUCUGUAAAUCAAGUGCCUUUUUUCAUACGAGACUAUGAAAUCAAUCGGAAACAGAUAUAUUGCUCUGCUUUUUCAAAUGAAUUGCUAAUUUUAGGACAUUAUGUAACUUAUUUAAAUUGAGAAUAAUUAGAAUUGUAUUUCGAUAAUUGACGUUGUAACUAGAAACCACAUAAUUUAACAUACGAAUUUGAAUAAUUAAGGCUGUAUAGUAACAGCAGUUGCUAUAGGAUAUUAUAACAAUUAUAUUUUAGUUGGAACAUAAAAAGGAAGAUUGGAAAUGUAUUAAUUAUGUAAUUCAAUUAAAUAAUUUGAUAUUCUAAAACAGAUAGAGAUUAUAAAAUUUAGUGAAUGCUCAAUUUAGAAUAUAUUUUUAACAAAUGGUGAUUUAGCUAUAGUAAUUGAUUUGAGUAGCAUCAAAUGCUUUUAUAUUAAUUAGUUAACAUAAAUGGUAUAGAAAUAGAAAAAAGAAGAAAGCCAUAAAUAUUAAUUAUUGUAAUAAGAUAUUGAAACAAUAACUGAGAAAUUUAUAGUUGGUAUAAGUGCAAGUGCAUAUUGUCAUUAGACAAAUCAAUUAGUAAUUGCAUUAGGAGAUAGUUCUAUAGUUGUGUAUACAUUUUUAGGGGAAGAUAUAAAUUCAAAUAUAAGGAAUGCAAAAACAUAUGUUGUUGAAUAAUUUGAAAUAAUUAAUAAACUUACAAUCAGUAAUGAUGGACGAUUAUUAGCAGUAGCUUAAUGUAGGAUGGUAAAUGGUUUAGAAUACAAGAUAAAUAUAAUGGAUUUAAAUAGAAAAGGAAAGGUAAUUAAAAAAUACUCAUAUUAUGAUGGAGCUGAAGUAUUUGAUAUGAAAUUUUUUCCAAUUUAGAAUAAAUUAUAUGUUGUAGUAAAUACAGGAUAAUUGUUUAUUAUUGAUAUUGAUUAAAAUAGUGAUGAUAGAUUAUAUCUUUAAAAUUUGAGUGAUUUAACUAAAUAAAUUUAUCCUUUAAGUCAAUAUUAAGAAUUUCCAAAUUUAUUAUAGAUAUCAGAAAAUGGUCUUAUUUAAAUUAUAUCAUUUGAUACAUAAAAAAUUGAUAAUUUACUAUAAAUGCCAUUUUUAUAUUUUAUUGAAUUGAAACUUUCAGAAAUGUUUAAUUAUAAACCUGUGUUGUAAUAAUAUUUUUAAUCUUCAUUUUAUAUUGGAUUUUCAGGAAUUGACAAGAAAACUUAAUCAAAUUAAUAGAUAAUGUUAAAUGGAGAAUAAUACUUUGAACCAUUAUAUGAUGGUAUAUUAAAAAUGAGUGAAUAUAGAGAAUUCUAUAAAACAGAAUUUUAAGAAAGAUUAAGAUAUAGAAGAAAGAAAUAUGAAUUACGUAUAUAGAUAUUAGCAUGGUCAUUAAAUAGUGUUAAAUAAAAUCUAUUACCUUAAUAAUUUGGAAUUGGUAUGCCAUAAUAAUUAGAUUUGAAAAAGAAUGAAAGUGAAAAAUAGGAAUAUAGAAAAUAAUCAAAAUAGAAAAAGAAGAAACAAUUUAUAAAAAUUGAAUAAUUUUUUGAUACUGCAUAAGAUACAGAUAAUAAAAUGUUUUUAUAUUUAAGUGAUCUUGCUGAUGCUUAUCUUAGAUAAUAUAAUGAUAUGAAACUUAGUGAUGAUAGAUAUUUAAUUAUUUCAAAACUUUUAUAGAAUUUAUAAUAUUAAAAUCUAACAAUGUUACUACUUGGAAAUUGUUCAUUAUUAUUUGAUGUUAAACUUCCAUUUAAAGAUUAUAUGAUUGAUUUAAUAAACAAAGUUGAUAGAUUAAGUUAUUUAGAUCUUAGUAAUAAUAAAAUUACCUUUGAAGAUAUUAAAAAGAUAACUCGUUUAACAUAAUUAAAAUAUUUAGAUUUAUCUAGUAAUUAUCUUGGUAAUUAAUCUAAAAAACCUAUGAUGAAAUAGAAAAUGAGAUAUUAGAAUUUAGAAAUGGUUAAUGAUGAUGAAUAAUAAUUAUUAUCUGAAGAUGAUUAUUCUUUUUAUAGAUUACUCUUUUAAAAGAUUCCAAUUAUUAAUUUAAGAAAUAAUUAAUUUACUGAUGAAGAAGGUUGUAAAUUAUUAAGGACACUUGAAAAUAAUGAAGAUAUAAGAGUAUUAGAUAUAUCUGGUAAUUAACUCUUUAGAGAAUAAACAAGAUCUUAAUUAGAAAUGUUGAUUAAAAAUAAAAAUCUAAUUUUGAAAAAUACAUAAACAUUAAUUAUUGAAUUUAGUGAAGAAUUAUCUGAAUCUGCAAUGAAAUUCUUUACUAAAUAAAUAAUUGAAAAAUUUACAAUUCAAUUAUCUGAUGAAUAAAAAAAGUAAGUUAAAAAUUCUGAAAUUGAAGGAAUUGAAUAAUAAAAUAAUGAUGAAUUUCCUAUGAAUUUUUAUUUAUAUAUAGUAAAUUCUAAUUAGAAUUAUUAUUGGGAUUAAUCAUUAUUAUAAUUGUAUGAAAGAUAAGAUGAAGGAUAAGUAGAUGAAAUUAAAACAUGUUUUGUAAAAUAUUAUAUUAUUAUUAUUAGUGUGCUUUUAUUAUGAUCUAUGUUAAGAUGUUUACUGAUAUGAUUUAAAACAUUUAAACUAAUUUUAUUGAAUGCUUAAAAUAAUGCUUUUGUUCCAUUUAUUUUAUUUAAAAAUACAUUAUAUGUUGUUAUUGUGUAUUUUUAUAAAGUAAUUAUGGAUCCUUCAUCACUCAUCUUUUAGGUAUUAAAACAGCUGAUUAUGAAUAUAAUAAUAAGAAGGAUGAUCUCAAAAAACAUCUUGAAAAUAGUAAAUAUUCAUUAAAUAUCUUAUUUUGGAUUAACUUUUUAGCUUUUUAUUUUAUUUGUGUAUUCAUACCUAUUUAUUUUGUACUUGAAUGCUAAGGACAUUAAUGGACAGGACAUUUUAUAUAUUGUGGUUAUGCAUUUCUAGUUUGUUUAUUGGAACUUAGAUUGGCUAAGACUUGCAUAGAUAAAGAAAUUACUCAUGCUGAAUUUUCAACUGGUCCUUAUUGGAAGAGAAUAAUGUUUUUUGUAUAUAAUUAAUUUUUAAUAUUUUAAGAGUAAAGAUUUGUUAUUAAGUUAAAUGGCUAAAUUUGAUGUAUAUUCUGAUAUUUGUUUUAUUACUACUGUAAUGACUUGUGGAGAUAACACUGCUAUUGGAUAUUGUGCAAUAGCUAUUAUGGCUUUGACAUUGUGUACAACAAUGUUUCAUAUCUUAAGUUUAUUAUUAUCAAGAUAAGAUGGAGAUGAAAAUUAUAUUGAUUAUUUAUGUAAUUAUUGCUCUUUUGUUGAAAUACAUUUAGUAGGUUCAUUAUUAGAAAAAUGGACAAUAUAAAAUACAACUAACUUUUUAUGGAUGAAGGGAAUUCCAAAUAGAGUUUAUGCAGCAACUUUUAGAACAUUUGCAGAAGAUUUACCAUAAUUUUUAUUAUAAGUUAUCUACUUAUUUUUAAAUCCAAAUAAAAAAUCAAUAGAAAUUCUUAUGCUUUCAUUGGCAUCAUCUACAAUAUCUAUUAUAAUUUCAAUAACUAAAUCAUUAACAAUAACUAAAGCCAAUAGAAUUAAUGAUAUUAUUAUGAUGAAUGAAGUAAAAACUAAAUUAGGAUUACAUAAAGAAGUUACAGAUCCAAAAUUAAAUGAAGAAUUAAUUUAAUUUCUACAUGAUUAUUAUUAAAAUUUUGAUGGAGAAGAACAUAUUCAAAUAUUAUAAUAUGGAAUGACUGAUAAUAAAUAUUUAAGAAAACCAAUGGAAAAUACUAAUAAUAUUAGAACAGUCAAAGGAUAAAAAUAAUCAAUGAAAAUCAUUAAAGGAAUAUCUAUGUUGGUUGAAUAAUAAUAAUAAACACAAUCAAAAACAUAACCAAUGAUCAAAAAUCCAACUUAAGCUUUGGAUUAUGAAAAAUUAGAUUUCUUUGAACCAUAUUUGUUUCUAAUGAAUAGCAAUUAAGCUAAAUUAAUAUAGAAAUUAUAUCAAAGAGGUUUUGAAAUGCAUCCUGAAAUAGCAUAAGUAUUAUUAGAAUUAGAAAUAUAAGAUUAUGUAGAUAAUGUUCCUUUAUUUUAAAAUGAAUUUGAAAAGUUUGAUUUUGCAGAGGGAAGUUUUAUUGAAAGUUUUGAAGUUUAAAUUAAAAUUUUAGAGACAAUUUAUAAAUAUGUUAAAAAAGAUUUAAAUAAAGAAUUAUCAGUAUUAGAUAUAGGUUGUGGUAGUGGAUUCACAGCUACAGCAAUACUUAAAUUAUUAGAGAAACUUAAACCAAAAGGGACAUUUAAAAUCUUAUGUCUUGAUCAUAUUCCUUAAAUAAUUGAAAGAGCAAAAAAUGUUAUUGAAAUGGGAUUUGAGGAUUUCUUAUAAAAUAAAAUAAUUGAGUUUGAUAUUUAUGAUUGUCGAAAUUCCUUAAUGUAAUUUGGAUAAUUUGAUAUUAUCAAUUAUGGUUUUGCUGUUUAUUAAGCAGAUAAUAAAUUAGUUAAAUAAGAUGGAAUAGCUAUAAUACCAUUAAUUGUUUCAACACCUUAAGAACAUGAAUAUUAUGCUUUAUAAAGAUAUAGUGAUUAAGAAGAUGAAUUUGUUAAUUUAAAUUUAGAAGCUUAAUCAGGAUAAUUAGUUUCAAAAGAACUUUAAUUCCCUGAUCUUUAUUAAUGUAUUUAUUUUUAUUUUAAUAGAUUUCUAAAUAAAAAAAGGAGAAUAAUGUAGUAUAUGUAAUCAAUCAAUUAUUAAAAAAGGAUAAUUCUAUUCUCCAUGGUUAUGCAAAUAUUAUUGUAUUGAGUGUGGAUAAUAUGAUGAUGAUAAAACAGAACUAAUAGAAUUCAAAAUCUUAAGUAAUUUAGUAUACAUUCCAUCUGGUUCAUCUGAUGAAGAAUUAAAUAGAUUAAGUUCAUAUAAAUUUGGACGUAACUUAUUCCCUAAAAAGAAUUAAUAAUUGAAUAAGUAUCAUCCUAUAGAUUGUCAUCCAUGUUAAAGAGAGAAAGGAGAAGAAAAAGAUUUUGAUCCUUUACCUAGAUAUAUUUGUUUAAAUUGUAGACCAGGCAAAUUUGAUGGUCAACAUGUUGAUAUAUGUUAUGAGUGUGCCAAAUGUUUUAUUGAUGAUGAAAUGGAAAAUGAAAGAGACUUAAAAUUAUAUUAUCUGUCAGGCCAUUAAUCAACCCAUUUAUUGUUAAAGAUUCAUUUUUAUUAUGAUUAUAAUUUAUAUUGA